AUGGUGCGGGCGCAGCGCUCGGGCAUGGUGCAGACCGAGGCGCAGUACAAGUUCAUCUACGUGGCCAUCGCUCAGUUCAUCGAGACCACCAAGAAGAAGCUGGAGGUCAUGCAGUCCCAGACAGGCCAGGAGUCAGAGUACGGGAACAUCACCUACCCCCCAGCCAUGAAGAACGCUCACGCCAAGGCCGCCCGGACCUCCUCCAAGCACAAGGAAGAUGUGUACGAGAACCUGCAAAGUAAGAACAAGAAGGAGGAGAAGAUGAAGAAGCAGCGGUCAGCAGACAAGGAGAAGAACAAGGAUUCCAUCAAGAGGAACCCCAGCCCUGACCCCUGCAGAGGCCUCCGGUGAGGACCCACAGCCCAGCCUGACCCUGCCACUGAGCCCCCAGCCACUGUAAUUUAAAUGGUGGUGACCCCACCUCCAUUUCCCCGACACUGUACAUAGCCCAACAAGGCCCAGGCAGGGCCAGGCCCAACUACCCUUGUAAAUAAAGCUGCCCCAGCCAGUC